AUGGUGUUGGAAGUGAGCCAGUAUCUGGAAAAAUACCUAUGGCCGAAUUUCGAACCGGAAACCGCGUCCGUGGAGCACGUGAUGUCUAUCAUUCUCAUGGUCAAUGAAAAGUUCCGUGAGAAUGUCUCCGCAUGGGACUGCUUCCAGUCUCGCGCUGACGUCUUCCCUGCAUUCUUCAACCGAGUCCUUGCUCUCAAGGUGAGGUGUUCCCUUAGCCGACUGAAAAGAGGAGCUGGGAUGGGUAGGGGAGAGGGGGAGUUCGAGUUGAGCAUGUAUGAGCGCGUGAACUACAUCCGUCUUUAUCAUCCACUGCUUCCAGGUGCACCCCCCUACUGCUUUGCAACGCCCGUAUCCCUCUGUGACAGCCCCUCGCCUACCGGCAGGGACCCCUUUGCUUUACGGUUCACAAUACCAUUCUCCAUCCGCAUCUCCUUCCCCCCGACUACACCCCCCUUCUCUUCUCCCACCACCUACUCCCUCAGUCGCUGGAGAACCCACUGGUGCGGGCGUGUGUGCUGCCGCUCGUCUCUCUCCCCCUGUGGCACGCGCUCUCACCGGCCCGCAGGGAGCGCGCUGCUUUGCCCCACGCUUGACAAUGCCAUUUCCUAUCCACAUCUCCCCUCCCUCCACCCCCCCAGUCGCUGGAGAACCCGUUGGUGCGGGCGUGUGUGCUGCCGCUGGUCUCUCUCCCCCUGUGGCACGCGCUCUCACCGGCCCGCAGGGCGAGGUGUUGAUUUCCAUUGUUCACAAUACCAUUCUCUAUCCGCAUUGCCUUCCCGCCCUCCUCCCAUUCCCCCAGUCGCUGGAGAAUCCACUGGUGCGGGCGUGUGUGCUGCCGCUGGUGUCUCUCCCGCUGUGGCACGCGCUCUCACCGGCCCGCAGGGAGCGGGAGCUGCACCCCCACGCGCACCUGCUCGCCCUCUGGACGCGCCUGCUCAAGAGGGACGCCAAGAGCCGCGCUGCCAGGCUGGCGGCUGUGGCGUCUCUUCCCCUUCUCUUGUUCCUCAAACCCCUUGCCUGCUUCCCCUCCUUCCCUCUUGCACCCCCCCGCUCUCCCCUUUCUCAUUCCCCCAUCCACUCCUACAGUCACUGGAGAAUCCACUGGUGCGGGCGUGUGUGCUGCCGCUGGUGUCUCUCCCGCUGUGGCACGCGCUCUCACCGGCCCGCAGGGAGCGGGAGCUGCACCCCCACGCGCACCUGCUCGCCCUCUGGACGCGCCUGCUCAAGCGCGACGCCAAGAACCGCGCUGCCAGGCUGGCUGCUGUGGCUGAGGGCGGGGAGAAAAGGGCUGAGGCCGAGGCGGCUGAGAGGAAGGAGAGGCGCGGGGUUCGAUUCCUGCCUGGGCUGAUUCUGGAGUUCUUUUCUGUGUUGGACGAGGUGGUGGAGAAGGGACCAGACUACGAGGACGACCAGAGCGAGUCUGCUGGGGUGCUGCUCGAGAGGGCAGUGGACCAGCCGCGGCUGCUCUUCUGUGAGCGAUUCCUGGAGCUGCUGAUUGAUCUCCUCAGCCAGCUGCCCACACGCAGGUUCUUUCGUCCUGUAGUGGAUGACAUGGCGGUCGCCGCCCGCUGCCGCUUCAGCCGCCUGUACCGGCACCCGCGCGGCCGUCAUUUUGUGCAGCUGGUGGAUCUGCUGCGAUUCUACGCUAGAUUCCAAAUGGAUGACCACGCCGGGCGGCAACUGGACGAGGAGGAGGUGGACAGGGAACACUGCGCUCGCGUGUCUGCCCUCCAGUUGUUCCUAUUCAACAAAGUGCCGGAGCUUCGUGACAUCGCGCUGACCAACGUGGGCAGCAUCGAGCAUGCUGACGGAGUGCGCAAGUGGAUGGGGCGACUCACAGACGAGCAGCUGGCAGAGCUUGUGCUCAACAAGCUGAAGCUGCUGUCUCGAGCAGGCCUGCCGUACCGCCCGCCACGCCACCUCCUCUCCUCCGCUCACCGCCCCAAAGCCCCCACACGAAUGGUGGUGGAGGAAGGAUCAGAGGAGCAGCAGCAGCAGCAGGAGGAGGAGGAGGAGGAGGAGGCAGAGCAGGAGGAGUACUGGGCGCAGCAGCGGGCAGUGCUUUUCCACCGUCUCCGCCCGUUCCUAGAGGAAGUAGUCGUUUCCUUCUUCGAGAAGAAACGCUCCCAGCGAGCAGCACUCAACGCGCUGCCGCUCUACCCCAACGAGGACGUCAUGUGGGACGAAAGCCUCAUCCCAAGCGUGAACUACACGGGGGAGGGCUGCCUCGCUCUGCCGAAACUCAACCUGCAGUUCCUCACUCUGCACGAUUAUCUCCUGCGGAAUUUCAACCUGUUUCGGCUCGAGUCGACGUAUGAGAUCCGGGAGGAGGUGCAUGAUGUGCUAAAGAGGAUGGGCGCGAAGGGGAGCAUGUACAGCAGCGUGGAUAGGGAUACGGAGUUCACUGGGUGGGCUAGAAUGGCGAUUCAAAUCUCGUCUUUCCGGAUUGUGGAGGUUAAGGCGCCGCUGCUAGGCGAGGUGCAGCCCGCGGCGGUUCUAGCGGAAGUGGAGUACUCUAUAGCGGGGUAUAAGGCGGCCAUGCGGAGCGAGUGGGAGGAGAUCAAAGAGCAUGACGUGCUUUUCCUCCUGGCCAUUCACCCGGAUGAGAUUGCGCUGCAAGCUGCGGCUGAUGCGGCCGCAGCACAGGCUGCGGCGCAGGCAAAGAGGGAGGCAGGAGAGGAUGGGGCGGAGGAGGAAGAAGCAGCGGCAGAUGCGGCUGCAGUGGUUUCGUCUCUGUCUGUCCCUCAGAGGUACGGGCUGCGAUACGUGCGGGGGUGCGAGGUGAUUGAGUUAAGAGAUGAGGAUAACAAGCUGAUGAACGACUUUUCGGGGCGGGUGAAGCGCGAGGAGUGGAAGCCGCCGAAAGGGAACAAACGCACAGCUCUUGUCGCUCUCGAUCCAGCCCAGUUCCAGCUAGAUCUAGAGGCCAAUGGAGGGACGCUGAGAGGCGCGCAGGAGGAGGUUUACUCGGCUCUCAACGUGGUAAUGAGGAGGAAGCCAAAAGAGAAUAACUUCAAGCCGAUUCUGGAGUCGAUUCGGGACCUGAUGAACGAGGAGGCGUCGGUGCCUGGUUGGCUGCAUGACCUGUUUUUAGGGUACGAUGACCCGGCGGCCGCCAGCUGGCGCCGCAUGCCUGCUGAGCUGGCGCCGUGGCGGGUUGAGGUGGUGGAUUUUAGAGACACGUUUGUGGAUGCGGAGCAUUUGAGGGAGUGCUUUUCUCAUCUGUAUCCGGGCUUUAAGGUGCGGUUUGUUGAUGCGGAUGGGUUUGAGAACCCUAACCCCCAGCCUCCCUUCCGCGUGACUAUUCCCAUGACUAAGCAGUCCCAAGAGGAGGGGCAUGGGGUGGCGGUGGGAGGGAAGAAGAAGGGGCAGGAGAAGGAGGGGAAGGAGUCGGUGCCGCUGCCUGACCCUGGGCCUUACCCUCCCGCGAAUCAGAGGAAGAACCACGUCCGUUUCACGCCCACCCAGGUGGAUGCCAUCAUCAGUGGAGUGCAGCCGGGGCUGACCAUGAUAGUGGGGCCGCCAGGAACCGGCAAGACUGACACGGCUGUGCAGAUCCUGCAGGUGCUCUACCACAACUGCCCGGAGCAGCGCACGCUCGUCAUCACUCACUCCAACCAGGCCCUCAACGACCUCUUUGAGAAGAUCAUGCAGAGGGACGUGCCUGCGCGUUACAUGCUGCGCCUGGGCAUGGGCGAGCAGGAGCUGGACACGGAGCAGAAGUUCAGCCGCAUGGGGCGAGUCAACGACAUGCUCGCUAGGAGGCUCGAGCUCUUGGCUGAGGUGGAGCGCCUGGCAGUGACUCUUGGGCGGCCAUCUGACGUGGCAUACACGUGUGAGAGUGCUGCUUACUUCUGGCUGCUGCACGUGCUCGCCAGGGCAGCGAGCAUAGUGCGCGACACCUUCCCCUUCACCGAGUUCUUCCAGGAGGCACCGGGCUUUAAGAUGACGGGGGGGUCGUACGCGCAGGACAUGCGCAUGGCGGAGAGCUGCUUCGAGUUCCUCAAGGGCAUGUUCCAGGAACUGGAGGAGUGUCGCGCGUUCGAGCUCUUUAAGACGACGGCAGACCGCUCCAACUACCUCAUGGCGCGCCAAGCAAAAGUGGUGGCCAUGACGUGCACGCACGCGGCUUUGAAGCGCCGGGACUUCCUGAAUCUCGGGUUCCACUUUGACAACCUGCUCAUGGAGGAGUCGGCUCAGAUCCUCGAGAUCGAAACCUUCAUCCCCAUGCUGCUGCAACGCCCCGACGGCCCCUCCCGCACCGUCGCCGGCACUGGUACUGGUACUGGUACCACUGCUGCUGCUGGUGCGGCUGGUGCGGCUGGUGCUGCGUCUGGUGGUGGUGACAGCAACAGCGCCUUGUCCUACUCUCGCCUGAAGCGCUGCAUCCUAAUCGGCGACCACAACCAACUCCCCCCCGUCGUGAAAAACAUGGCCUUCCAGAAAUACUCGCGCAUGGACCAGAGCCUGUUCACCCGCUUCGUCCGCCUGGGCGUGCCCUACAUAGAACUCAACGCCCAAGGCCGCGCCCGGCCCUCCAUUGCCCAACUGUACAACUGGCGAUACCGCGACCUGGGGGAUCUACCCGUGGUGAAGACGGGAGAGGAGUAUGUGCGGGGGAAUGGAGGGUUCGCGUGGGAGUAUCAGCUGGUAGAUGUGGGGGAUUGGAUGGGAAGGGGAGAGAGUGAGCCCAACCCGUGGUUUUACCAGAAUCUGGGCGAGGCUGAGUAUGUGGUGAGCGUGUUUCAGUACAUGCGGCUGCUGGGGUAUCCCGCUGAGAAGAUCUCCAUUCUGACCACGUACAACGGCCAGAAGCACCUGAUCAGGGAUGUGAUCGAGAGGAGAUGUGCCGGGAACCCCCGCUUCGGCCGUCCCAGCAAGGUGACCACAGUAGACCGCUUUCAGGGCCAGCAGAACGACUACAUCCUCCUUUCUCUCGUGCGGACCCGCACCGUGGGCCACCUGCGCGACGUGCGGCGCCUAGUCGUCGCCAUGUCCCGCGCCCGCCUCGGCCUCUACUGCUUCUGCCGCCGCUCGCUCUUCGAGCAGUGCUACGAGCUCCAGCCCACCUUCCAGCUGCUGCUGCAGCGCCCGGAUAGACUUGGACUUGUGUUGGAGGAGGGGAGUGCGAGGACGGGGAGGGAGACAGGACAGGGGAGUGAAGGGGCGUAUCUGGUGGGGGGGAUUGAGGAGAUGGCGCGUCUGGUGGAGUGGCGCCUGCAAAUGGUGACCGAACAGUGCUACGAGCUCCAGCCCACCUUCCAGCUGCUGCUGCAGCGCCUGGAUAGGCUUGGACUUGUGUUGGAGGAGGGGAGUGCGAGGACGGGGAGGAAAACAGGGGAGGGGAGUGAGGGGGCGUAUCUGGUGGGGGGGAUUGAGGAGAUGGCGCGUCUGAUGGAGUGGCGGCUGCAAAUGGUGACUGAACAGAUUCUCCCGAGACGAAAGAUUAUGGCUAGUCGGAAGAAGCCUUUAUCGGAGCAGCUAGCGGAGCUGCUAACCCCCGCGCCCACCGCGGGCCACGAGGACCCGGAGGACGCGCAGGGCUUCGGCGCAGAGGCGCGCGCGAUCUUCGGCGGAGACGAGUCGGCGGAGGCGGCGGAAGGAUGGGGCGCGGCGGAAGCCGGGGUUGUGCGCCAGGGGGAGGCUGGCGCAGGGCGGAAGCGCGGGGAGCGCAGGUCCGCGGUCAAGGAGAAGGGGCUGAGUUUGCGGGGGAAUUUGGUAAUGGAGGGGCGGGAAUACGGCGGGAGUAAGAGCAGCAGAUCGGCUCUUUUCGAUGGGUGGGCGGAUGACGUGGAGGGUGACGAUGAUGACGCGGAGGAUGAUGACGCGGAGGAUGAUGACGUGGAGGAUGACGUGGAUGAGAGAAUGCAGAAGGCCAGUGAUGCGGGGAGGGAUGACGAUCAAGAGUGGGAGGGAGGGAGUGAGGAGGAGGGGGAAGGUGGGGAGGAUGGGGAGGACAACGCAGACGAGGAUGAGGAUAACGAUGAUGACCUUAGCGAGAACGAGUUUAGCGAGGAUGCCGAGGACGAGGCGCUAGAAGGAAGCGGGGACGAGCUCGAAGGCGGCGCGUUGCUGGCGGCGGCGCGCGCCACGAUGGACCUUGGGAUGGACGCGCUCGAUCGAGACUUCGAGGCCGUGCUAAAAGACGAGUUUCGGCCAGCAGCAACAGUAGCGGGGCGGGAUCUUAGCGCUAGUAACGAGGACGAUGAUGACGAGGAUGGGGAGCGGGUAGGCCAGCGGGGCGGCGGUGGGGACGGCGGGGAAGGUGGCGGCGCGCCGGUGGCGAUAGCGAAAAGUGCUUUUAAAGGGGCGGUUCGUGACGAGGAUAAGGGCCGCGCGGUAGCCGCGCAACGCGCGCUGUGGGACCGCGCGCUGGAGCUCCGCAUAGCGCUGCAGCGCCCGCUGCAGUCCGCGUGCCGCCUCCCCCACGCGCGCGCGCACGCCGCCUUCGCGGCGGUAGCGCCGGACGUGGCGGCGGAGUUCCAGGCUGUAGCGGCCGGCACGCGGACGGCAAUCCGGCAGUUGCUGACGCUGCAGGACGAACUGUUCACCCGGAACGCGGCGGUUGACGGCGCGUUUAAGGCCGCACGGGAGGCGCUGGCUGGAGGCGGAAGCGGAAGCGGAGAAGAGGAAGGAGGGGAACGAGCUAGGGACGGAGCCACAAACGGGGGUUUAAGCGGAGGUUUAGGGUUCAACCUGGGUUCUAUAGAGGAUGGGAGCAGCGAGGAGGUGUGGGAGCAAAUAUCGAGGAUGUAUGAACGGUUCCGACCCUUCUCGCAGAGCUCCAUAGACAGCAAGGGCAAGUCGGAGGACGGGAGGGCGUCGAUAGGACGCAAGGUGCGGUAUGCGCCGAUGCCGGCUCUCGUGAACUUCAUGGCCCCGGAGCCAAUGCAGCUGCCGCCCGUUGUCGACCGGCUGUUUGGGAAUCUUUUCGGUCAGGUGCAUGGGAAGACGUAG